CUUACCUAUAAAGUUCCCGGCGCAUCCUGCAACCACUUGCUCCCUUUCCCACCUCAUUCACGUUGCUUCGGUAGGCGCCCACCUUCCGUUCCACUCUUUCUCAGGUCAAUGGCUAACUCGACCAAGCUUCUCCAUAGAUCCAAGCCAUGGCUCCAUACUAGACUCUUCCGCUUCUCGCACUGGGAUGCUCAGAUUAGGCACCCAUGGCGGGACUCGGGCAGCCCGGUCUUGCGCGACUCACCUCUCCUCCACCGCCCCCUCGUGCCCUCCCGGCCGGCCCUUGUAAUCAUCGCGACGUGACUGGCUCCUGUGGAUGCCGCCAGUUUUGGGAUAAAUGCAGUGCUGAGAUACACCAGCACAGUAAAGAACGCAAGUCGGGCAGUGAACGAUCGACCUAUUGCGUCUGCGGUCACCAUGCUUGUUUUCACGAGUACUCGAAUGCGCAGAGCCAGCCACCUGCACCAUCGCAAGUGCAAGCGCGUCCUCCUGACAGAUGUGAUGGGCGAUGUCGUUUGUAUGGGAUGGGGUGCGAUCAUCACAAGUCUCCUCAUCCCAGGCGCCAUCAGGUCCUUGCGACAGGAACCCAGUCGCCUGCACGCUUCCUCACUCCAACUAACAACAAUGGCGAGCAACGGCUCACAAGCAACGCAGCAUCUCAAGCCAACACGUUCGGUCUAGAUGAGCAAGCACGGGGCGAGUCGACGCUGUCCAGUACUACUGGGCUUCCUCGCAUACCCUCCAUGUGCCUCUUAUCUAAUGAUCGGUAUUCUGCGACUAACACAAUCAUUAGGAAUGAAACAGAUCAGUCACGCGGAUCCCUUGCGGGUCUCGGUCUGUCUAUGCUGAACGUAGAUGCGACACAAAAUCCCAAUAAUGGCCCACCCUCUGUCGUAUCAACUGUGCCUACUGAAGUCGAUCCCUACGCACCUCAAUUUCAAGGAGCCCAUGGGGCACUGCAAGCCAUCCUCGAACAGGAUCCACUCCUUCACCUCAACGUUGAGGGCGACACCAUUCCCGAUACGUAUAAUCCCGACGACUUCAUUCAGAGUGCUACAAAUAUUGCUACACCCAGCGUCACACACACGCCCGACCUCGGUAUCGCAGACAACGCUGUUGAAGAAGGGAGGAAGUUCAUAGAGGGCCUUGUACAAUUGACGUCCAGUGUGGAGCAGCGUGAUGUCGCUGGUGUACAACCAACCAAGGGAGCUUCAGGUCUCACCCAAAACUUGUUGCUGCCGAGCUCUCUUCAUGCCACAGAAGACCAGCUUCGAACCACCCUAGAAUCUGCAUCUCCUCAAGCCAUUCCGAAACUCCUCUCAUAUCUCAAACCGCUUCACAAUCUUUUGACGUCCAUGCCACAUGUUGCUAAAAGUAUGAGAGAGCAUGACGAUCGUAUUGCGAUGCUCGAACAGAACAAUUCAUUCAACUAUGUGCAGCCAGACGACCUUAAUCAACAAUUUGAUACAUUCGAUGGGCGAUUGCUUCACCUCGAGAACCGCAUGGACGAUCACGAGGCGUUACAUACAGCCAUUGAUGCCGACCAGAGCAGCAACUCGCGUGGACGCAUCUCAGCUGUGAACGAAUCAUUCACCUCAGCCCACUCCAUUCAAUCUUCUACCUCUUCCGCUCUCAUCAUUGCAGCUAUGGAUCGGAAGGAGAUAGCUACCGAGCUCGGAGGCGUCAAAGAGCGACUUGACCAGCUUGAAGCUACUGCCCCGCCUACAUCUCUCAAUCCGUGGGAAGUGGAGAUUGUCUUACUGCCAUGGGGUCGUGACUUGCGCGGCAUAUGGUUUUCGCCUGAAGAACCGAUGCACGACACUUCAAAGACUACCACCCAAGAGUCUGAGGAGUGGACUCAAGCCCGCAGUUUGACACUUGGUCAUUCCCGGACCUCUUUGGUGCCGUUCCGGGACACUGAUUCAAGUCCACACCCAGGUGUCAAAGGCGCGUCCAGAAGCUCGCACCCUUUCAGCGACACAGAGAGCGGAUGGAGUAGUCAAGAGAUUGGAGAAUGGGUAUCAGGUUCACCAGAUGAAUUGCUAUCGCCCAAGGCUUGUGGCAGCAACAAUCUGGUCUACAAACGAUUGAAGAGCAGAGGCUUCGUCGUUGGUGUGAAACUCACAAGCGCCAAUGCCAAUGAUAUUCAAAAGACGAUUUCCCAUGCCUUCAAAAACCUUUUGGGCCGCUUCAAAUACAAUGACGAUGACGAAAACCCAAUGAUCAGUUCUUACCCUGGUCUCCGUGCAUCGUUCAUACCGCUCAAGAAAAUAAUCAAGGACUCGAGGUUACGCUUCCUAACUCCCAGCGAAAUGGCCAGUUCUGCAUUGUGGACCGCUCAGUUCCUCGCUUCUGGUGUGCUAAUGCGCGUCUCAGGCGGUAAGAAGCGACUCUAUGUCACACAGCGCGAGUCCUACAUUCAACCAAUGGAUCAAACGGGUGACAUAUGGACAUGGCACGAGAUGCGACUUCUGCCUCGAUGGCAGCCCGAUGCUGAUUCGCCGAUGCAGGAUAAAGAAGAAAAUGGCCAAGCCCAGGUUCCUGAGGCAGAUGCACGGGAGCCAUGCUGGUCCUUCGUUGAUGCCCUUGAUGCUCCUCCCGCUAGUGUCAACUCAUCUUUCGCGAGCAUGCACUCUGUUCAGUUAUCCAUGCGGCCCGCUGAGCGCGACUGGCGACGAUCCAUGACGCCGAGCUCAAUUCUCAAGAAUAGACAGCCUCCACAGCCAAUCUCACCUCAGAGCGAGUUCCACUCGCGACCGCCAAUUCACUACCGUACUCUUUCGGCUUCGACCGCGGACCCUGCCGUAUUGUCAUCGUCGAAGCGUCGCCUGAACAGCUCACCCGUGAAGCACACAUCUGCACCGCAAUCUCAGACUCGUGCGCCCAGCCAGGCUAUCUCCAGGCUGAAGCGUCGGCGAGUCGGGAACUCGUCUUCGCCUCAGCCGCAGUCGGACACGCGGGAAGCGCAACCCACCAUUUGGGCAAACACUCCUCGCCGUUCUCGCGAGCCGCCUUCACCUUUCUAUUCGUCCGAACCCCAUAUUCGUCUACCGCGGACUAGCUCUGAUUUCAGCAGACCAAGCCAAAGGUCCGCUGCUCCAGGUAGCAGGCUAACGCCGUCUGCUUAUGCGACCCCUCACUCUGGCGCAUUCAUCAACGCUUUAGAAUUUGGUGGAGCUGGAAAGGGAGACACGGAAGCCGACGAUGACAUCUACCAGGUCGAUGACGACGAUGGUGAACAGAGUUGGCGCGGGGUCACGACUGGGGAAGACGACAGUGACUCCGCAGGCGACACAGAGGCAGGCGCCGAAUUUCAAAUGAACUCACUCUCUGAUGUCGAGGGUGAAAGCAUAUUCGACAGUGACGGGCAAGACGACAACGACAGCGUGAAUGACGAUGCCGAUGAGGGUGUGUUCGGAGCACAGAACCCCCACCAGCUCGAGCGAGGAGCUGCAGAGGAACAAGAUGACGACGAAGAUGAUGACGAAGACGAGGACGCCGAUGAUGUCUACGACACACUUUUGGGUGUACUGCGAAGUUGA